CCGCCGAUAAGCGAUAAGAUCCGCAUAUAUGACCAACAACGGCCCCACCAUCCUAGGCACCACACGUCACGACAUUUAACGCGAGAAUGGCCCUCCUCCUUCCCGCCCUCCUCUUGAUCCCGGUAUUUCUGCUUCUCGUCUACCGUCAUCGCACGAAGCCUUCCAUCAUCCCACUGUUGCAUCCCCUUUCCGCUUUCACCUCGCUACCGAUCCUGCUCCCUACCCUGUUCGGACGCCGGAACGCCACAAUCCACAGAGCACAUCUUCAACAUGGAUCCAUCGUCCGGCUUUCGCCCACCGAGGUCUCCUUUUCCGCGCCCAGCGUGCUGAGCACAAUCUACACUUCAUCCCCCAAGCCGCCCUGGUACCGCGUCUUCCACAAUUAUGGCAUAGCCUCGAUGUUCGCAACCCCGCUCGGACGGGAACACGCGGCGAAAAGGAAGAUAUUGGCCGGGGCGUAUAGCAACGGGGCGGUCCUGAAGAACCCCGUUAUCAAGCGGGUGGCGAGCGAGGUGCUACCGGUGCUGCUGGGAGAGUUCUCGGCAGCCCGGGAGAAGGAAGUCGAAGUGUGGAUGACAUUCAAUCGCCUCACGAUGGACUUCGUCACGGCAUUUCUUCUCACCCGCGAGCUUGGGAGCAGGUUCCUAGAGGGCGAGGACAUGAAGAUAUUGCGCCUCUAUCACAGCCGUCGAGGGUACUUUGGGGUUUCUUCGGAGCUGCCGUGGCUGGCGAGGUGGAUCAUACCCCAGCGGAUCAACGACGCGAACGAUCGGAUCGAGGCGUGGUGUCGUCUGCUGUGUGAUCGACGUCGGCGCGGGGAAGGCGGGACGGAGGAGUGUAUCUUCGACCGUCUCACCUCCGCUGCGGAACUCUCGGAGAUGCAGGCGGCUAGUGAGAUACUGGAUCAUAUCGGCGCGGGACACGAAACCACCGCGUUGGCCCUGUCGUUCGCUCUCGCAGCUCUCUCGGGGCAGCCGCUGUUGCAAAAACAGCUGAGGGAGAGCUUGGAGUCAUUGGUGGAGGUCCGAGACGGAUGGAAGCUCCCCCGAGCGGAUGGGGACGGGCUCGAAGACCAACCGCUGCUGAACGCCAUCAUCAAGGAAACGUUGCGGCUGUACGCACCUAUUCCUGGAAGCCAGCCCAGGGUUGUUAUCCGAGAUAUGGAAAUCCUGGGUCACUUUGUGCCAGCCGGGACUGUGAUAUCAGCGCAGGCAUACUCGCUUCAUAGGGAUCCAGCAAUAUGGAAAGAUAUGGAGAGGUUUAUGCCAGAAAGGUGGCUGGAAGGGGACACGACGGAGAUGGAGAGGGCAUGGUGGCCGUUUGGCAGUGGCGGUAGAGGCUGUAUCGGACGUAAUCUGGCCAUGUGGGAGAUGAGGAUGGUUCUCGCGGCUAUCUAUGCGAACUUUGAGACGGAAAGCUCCAGCAGUACGGAGGGUGUUGAUACAUACACCACUGCUCCGAUAGAAGGAAGAGUUGAGGUUGUUUUUAGAAGGGCUUAGGAUGGAAAGCCGCCCCGACCAUUUUGUUCCAGUUGUAUUUUGUCGGAGUGAUCGAGUUUUUGCUAGAUAGCUCGUGCAGGACGCUCAGUCAUUGUGUCAUGGCUUAAGAUAUGUGGGGCCCCGCGUUGUCCCAACCAAUCUCAAAACAUAGCAUCGUCAGCCGAGUGCGUAACCUGAGUAUAUUACGGACCAAGAAUAAUGAU